CACGCAGCUACACCCAAGAACAUAUUCGAUUAGAAAUGUCCCGCCACGAUCAUCACUACAUAAGCGCCAGGAGCAUGUUGACCAAGGACCAGGACGACCCUGAUCGUAACAGCAAGGACCUAAACUUAGUUCCUGGGAAGACGUACCACGAACCGAACGUCCCAGAUUCUCCAGCAAUGAUGAACCUUUCUCCCAGGACGGAAGAAUACAGCAAACAUUCGAAGGAAAAUCUAAUUUCGGAAAAUGGUUUGGAAGGUAUACCCAAGGACACAGAGUGUAUGUCCAGCGAUCACGAUGACACACAGUCUUGGUCUCAACAAAGCCUGCUAUCCACGGAUCGUUCCAAAAGCUACAGCCAGAUAUAUAGCGAAAUCCUGGAAGAGUCUAAGGAACGACAAGAGAAGGCGGAGCGCGCUUUUCGGGUCUACCACAUCAACAGAUCUAAACUGCGGCGGUCCAAUCAACUGUCUUUGUCCAGGGGUCCGGGCAGUGGGAGUUAUGGAAGCAGCAUGGGCUCGGGGUAUUCCAGCAAAUCGGAAGAAGGCUUCGAGGAAUACGACAGUCCAUCGACAGACCCUUCCUUGAGCUGCUUGGAAGAAGCUCCCAACCCGGUGUCAAACACAGAUAAGAGGAUUAGACCAAGGCAUUCCAAGGGCGAGUCCUAUAAAACAGAACUUACAGAAAGGUGCUGUUACCAAACAACUCAGGAAGCAGUCCACUCGUAUUCCUGUCCAUUGGAAAGCAGGGUUUCAAAGGGUUCUUCAAUUACCAGGCACAGAGAAAGAUCAUGCGUCUGCGCUCAAGAGUCUUCGGCUUGUAGUCUUUGCACUGCCCUCUCCAGAUCAGGAAAGUUUCAAUCCGAAGCCAGCGACGCCGAGAUGACUGAUGGACCCGAUUACCCUGUAGAUUGCAGAAGUGACAUUCCAACCACUGCUACAUCCCAAUCUCGCUCACAACAAGAUUAUCUUUCGAGCUGCAGCACACGCCGUCGUCAUCGUCCUCAUUAUCAUUGCCAAAGGAGUGUGCCAAAGACGUAUCAAGAUCGUGGAAAUAGUCCCAUUAACAUAAAGACGAGGCGCAGGACGCACGACUACCAGGAACCUCACUCCGAAUUUGGCAGCGGGAGAGUGAAGGCGCUGCAGCGUGGGAGAUCAGGUGCCUCCAUGGGGGUGCAAUGUCCCAGUCAAGAUGACUGGACUGACGCGGACUGGACUGAUUGGACUCUAGACUCGAACACGCAUGGUGACCCACAGCUCAAAGGUCGUGAAGACGAUUGGCUGAGUUCAACAGAAGAAGAACGGGCUAUCCCUAAUAAGCAAAGUGUGCACCACCAUGAAAGCCCCAUAAUGCGAAGGGAUACCAAUGCAAAGGAGGUCGACAUACCUAAUUCUUUUGGAGCAUUUACCUGUGAGAAGCAUCGCAGUGUCAUCACCGCGCACGCAUCUCAACGCCACAAGGAUCUAGGUCAAAUUAUGACCGAUAGUCAUCAUAGUUUCGAGGCUGACGACAAAAGUGAACAAUAUGCAUAUAAUCAUCAGCACAGCUACGAGGAGGAGGUGUGCGAUAAUAACAUACAUGUUUCCGAUAAAUCUGACAAUAAGGGUUCAAGAGAGGAAGGGUAUCAACUUGAUCAGGACUGUGCAACACAUGAACACGACUUGAUCCACGAAACUGGGCCAGAUGCAUCUUCAAGUGAAGUGGCCAAGUCGAGGAGCUUCCUCAGCCUUAAGAUAUACAAUGCUGACGAAGCCCUAAUGGAAAUUCCAGAGGAUUUCGAGGGUCCUGCAAUAGUACUGGAUGAUGAUGCCGACUUUUUGGACAUCACACUGACCGACGACGAGGAGAAGAUUCGCGCCAAGUUGAUGGCAGCAGCACUCACCACCAGAAAGAGCAGCUCCUCCAUCAGCCCCAAAAGCUGUCCCAAGACCCGUCCGUCCACAGAGCCGUGCAGCUUGAGCUACAAGCCCAGUGUUAUCUUCACUCGUCGAUCGGAGGUGAUCGAAGACAACUAUGCUCCCCGUCCGGACGAUCGUGUUGCCCUCCUGGCUGAGAAGUUCCUGCAAAGCUUCAGCGAAUCUGCCUCUGAUGACUCUGGACGGAGGUCCUCCACACAGGAGGUGAGCUCUGCAGGCUCUACAGGCUCCACAGACUCUUUGCACUUCCUUGGCGAGAAAGGGGUCACCAAAAUGGGAGGCGAUACUCCACUUUGCGGGGACCGGCAGCUGCUGUCCGAGGAAUUCAACAGGAAACUGGAACGCCAGCUCAAGGAUAUUGUAGAGAGCUUUCAGUGAAUUUUCCUGGAGCAUUCGAGUAUAUUUUCUAUUUGCAACUGCGUGUCAUAAGUAAAAUGCGCCUUUCGUUC